GAUCACCACGACUUGAGGAGGUAUAGGAGUAAAACACAUUCUACGAAGAAGAUGCCUUUAUGUUCCCUGCUCCUCUCCCAGUACCUGAUAUCAGACAAGUCCCCACUCAAUGUUUCCGAUAAAGAAAAUUCAACUCGAUUGUCAACGAGCUUAGAUCCCACAUUACCUGCAACAGAACAACGUCUAGUAGAUGGAGGACUCAGUUUACUUGGGCCUUCGAGUAUUUUGAAUCGAACAUUCGGCUAUCCAUCAGAGGGAGAUUUUGCUAAUACCGACAUCAAACCUGAUAAAUCGACGAACAAAUUUCAGUUCAAAAACAUAGCAAGAAUUGGCGGUAGGACAAAUUUCACAGCUUCCGAACCUAUAAAACUGGAAAAUUACAUCAAACAUUAUGACGAUAAAGAAGAUCUUCCAUCAUCUAAUAUCGCCAUUCCUGACGCACUCAAGAGUACCUAUCCGGCUAAUUGUCCCUUCGAUACUCCGGUCCCCUUUAUACAAAAUAUAGUUGCUACAGCUGAUCUAGGACAACGGAUCGAUUUGAAACAGCUUACACUUCAUUCGAGGAACACAGAAUACAACCCAAAAAGGUUUUCAGCAGCAAUCAUGCGUAUAAGGGAACCGCGAACGACUGCGUUGAUUUUCUCCUCGGGUAAGAUGGUGACAACAGGAGCUAAGUCGGAAAAUGCCAGCAGACAAGCUUCGCGAAAGUUCGCUCGAAUAGUUCAGAAGGUUGGAUUCGAUGUAAAGUUUGCAGAUUUCAAAGUACAAAAUGUUGUCGGAUCAUGUGAUGUGCAUUUCUCGAUUCAGCUUGAAGGUUUAUGCAUUAUGCAUGCACAAUUUUGCACGUACGAGCCUGAAUUAUUUCCUGGUUUGAUAUAUCGAAUGGUACAUCCUCGGGUUGUACUGCUAAUUUUCGUCUCGGGUAAGGUAGUUAUCACGGGAGCUAGGAAUCAAGAGGACAUUGAUCUCGCUUUUAAACAUAUUUAUCCAAUUCUCAAACGUCAGGACAGGAUUCCUGUUCGAAUGUUCCGAAUGAUAGCGCAACUGCUCGCAUUAGUAAUAGUAAUUUGUGAGGUCUUCUGUCCCGAGCAAAUUUGCUGCGAGAAGAGGCUAGGAAAGCCAAAUCCUUGCCGAGGAAAACGAUUUUUUGAUUCAACAAAGUCACAAACAUAUACACCCUUAGGAAAGCAAUUUGAGAUAAUCUACAUGCGCUAUAAAAAUAUUGGUGUGAAAGGAGUACUUGGUAUGGACACACUUGGAAUAGGUGACACUGAUACAAAUCGACUUGAAGUGCCUGACAUACAAAUUGGUCAAGCAGUAAAAAUUGAUGACAGUAUGGCAAAGGACCCCUUUGACGGUGUGCUAGGACUGGCGUUUACUGCCCUUUCUUAUCAAGGAUUUUCAACAUUGACAUCUUCAAACACAAUUACAGACGAAGAAAACGUUCCCGGAGGAUUUGUCACGUAUGGUGGAUUUGACAAGAAACACUGCAGUCAGAGAAUCAUCUAUCAGCGAUUGUCAAUAGCUACAUAUUGGAAAUUUGUGAUCACUAAUUUCACCAUGGGCAACUACUCCUACGGUUACGAAGCGGAUGCCAUAACUGACAUGGCAUGGCCAUUCAUUGGUACAGCGUCCCUGCAAACAGCAGAAGAGACUGCCUUCGGAGUGAAUGCAACGUACGACAGCGAACUUGACUUCUACAACAUCGACUGUAAUGCUGAUGUGACCGCCAAUGUGAACAUAGCCGGAACAAACUUUACCAUUGAGUCUACCAAUCUCAUCAUCAAAAUUCAUGACAACUUCUGUAUCCUAGCACUUCACCAUUUCGAGAUGUUCUGGGCGGCGCAGUUCAUUCUCGGCUCGCCGUUCAUCAAACAAUAUUGUACUGUAUACGAUGUACACAAUAAGCAAAUCGGAUUCGCAAAGUCACUACAUUGA